AAUAAUAGAUGUUUGACAUACUUUUUUUUGUUUGAUCUUUGAAGGAAAAACUAGUUAUCAAGGUGUUCCCUGAGAAUCCUUGAGCCCUUGGUCUUGAGGCGUGAUCAACUUGGCAAAUAAAUAAACGUAAAUACUAUAUAACUUUAUCAAGGAUCCAAAUCCUUGCAAGCGCAAAAAAUGGACGACUGUCUCUGUGUAGUACCAUUUGUUUCCUUUCCCUAUUCCUCAUUUCCGGGUCGAAGAAACCUAACCGGGAACAACUGAAAAGACCCGAUUUCACGAAUCGUUAAAGCUCAGGUCUUUUCUUUGGGACUUCUUGUACUUGUAGAUACUUCCAUGGCAGAGCUUCAAUUCCCUUCAGUUGUUUCUCAUUUGCUACCAUGGAUUUCCCGUCCAGGUAAGUAGUAUUCUUAAAGUUUGGAUUUUUCUCGCUUUCUUUUGUUUUGCGGUCCACCCCAAUUUGACGUCGUUAAUGGUAACUCUUUCAAUAUUCAAUAUUUAGCUCGUUCAAAGCUUCGCAAAGUUUCAGCGCAGAUGGUACCAAAAGACCAAUCCAGUGGAAAACAACAACGCGCAAUUAGAAAGGGUCGUGGGCAUUUGGCUUUUCUGACCCGCCAAUCGUCUGGUUAUUCGGUUAGUUUGCUAAAAAGUUCUUAGCUCUUUAUGUUUAAGAGUAAUGUUAAAAAGACCAAAACUCACAAACCAUGUGAGCAAAAGCUUGCAAUCUCUGUUCAAAAUCCCCUGUUUUGCAAUUUGCUCCGUUGGGGGUGUCAAGGAUUCUAUUAGUGCUCAUAAAAAUGAUAAUGCGUCAGAGUCCGAGAACGAAUGGGUGAGGCUACUUAAGCCUUUUGACCUCAAACAGCUUCGAAAGUCGCUCACUGGGAUUACCCCAUUUCAACUUUUUAAGUUGCUUCAGCUGCCAAUCGAUGUGCCCACGUCGAUGGAGAUAUUUGAAUGGGCUGGUUCCCAAAAGGGCUAUUGCCCCUCUUUCGAUGUGUACUAUGUUCUAAUUGAUAAGCUUGGGGCAGCAAAGGAACUUAAGCUUAUAGAUAAGUUGUUGAUGCAGAUGAAAGAAGAAGGGGUUGUUUUUAGAGAGUCUCUUUUCAUCUUGAUCAUGAAACACUAUGGGAGAGCUAAUCUUCCUGGACAAGCAGUUACUCUGCUCUUGGAUAUGAAAAGUAUUUAUCUUUGUGAACCAACUUUUAAGUCCUAUAACGUCGUAUUGGAUAUUCUGGUAGCGAGGGAUUGUGCUAGACAUGCAUGCAAUGUUUUCGAUGAUAUGCUGAGCAAGGGUAUCUCUCCCACUGUUUACACGUUUGGAGUGGUGAUGAAUGCACAUUGUAUGCUUAAUGAGGUUGAUUCCGCAUGCUCUCUCCUUAAAGACAUGACAAAACAUGGGUGUGUUGCAAAUUCGGUGAUUUACCAGACUCUCAUACAUGCGCUUUUAAAGAAUAAUAACGUGAAUGAGGCAAAGACACUGUUGGAAGAAAUGUUUAUGAUGGAUUGCACACCUGAUGUACAGACUUUCAACCAUGUUAUCCAUGCCCUUUGCAAAGUCAACAGGAUCAAUGAAGCAAAAAAAUUGUUUAAACGGAUGCAUCGUCGUGAUUGUACCCCUAAUGAUGUAACGUAUGGGGUUCUAAUGCAUGGAUUAUGUAGAAUGGGACAGCUUGAUGAAGCAAGGGCCUUGUUGAAUGAAUCGUCUAGCCCAAAUAUUGUGCUUUUCAAUACCUUGAUUAAUGGUUAUGUGAUGGGUGGACGAUAUGAUGAAGCUGAGGAUGUUUUGUACAAUUACAUGUUAAGUAGUGGCUGUCAUCCUGAUAUCCUUACAUAUAAUGUACGGAUUCAUGGACUUUGUAAGAAGGGUUUUUUGGGUUCAGCUUGUGAAUUGCUCAAUGAGAUGGCAAGGAAGGGUUGCAAGCCUAAUGUGAUAACAUACACAAUAUUGAUUGAUGGGUUCUGCAAGGAAGGCGAACUGGAGAGAGCCUGCAGUAUUUUAAAUGAAAUGUUUUUAAAAGGACUCGAACUGAAUAUUGUUGGAUACAAUGUCCUAAUAUCUGCUCUAUGCAAGGGUGGGAAGGUUGAUGAAGCUUUAGCAAUGUAUCAUGGAAUGCCCGGGCAAGGAUGUAAGCCAGACAUAUUUACAUUUAACUCUCUAAUAUUUGGACUCUGCAAGGUUGAUAAAAUCAAAAAGGCCUGGGGACUUUAUCAGGAAAUGUUGUCAAAGGGUGUUGUUGCCAACACUGUCACUUACAACACGCUAAUUCAUGCUUUUCUGAGGCAUGGUGAAAUCCAAGAAGCAAUCAAGCUUGUUGGCAACAUGUCAUUCAGUGGAUGUCCUCUUGACAAAAUCACAUAUAAUGCCCUAAUAAAGGCACAUUGUAAAGCUGGGGCUAUUGAGAAAGGAGUGUGGUUCUUUGAAGAAAUGAUGAGCAAGGGGCUUGAUGCUGAUAACAUCUCAUGUAAUAUCUUGAUUAAUGGUCUUUGUAGAAGUGGUAAAGUACAAGAUGCAUGUGAGUUUUUAAAGAGAAUGAUUAGUCGUGGUUUGAAUCCGGACAUAGUCACUUAUAAUAGCCUGAUUAAUGGUAUGUGCAAGAUGGGGCGCAUUUUGGAUGCGUUGGAUCUCCUUGACAAAUUACCAGUUGAAGGAAUAUGUCCUGAUGUUAUCACUUACAACACAUUGAUCAGUUGGCAUUGCAAAGAAGGUAAGGUUAAUGAUGCUUGUUUACUUCUAGAUAGAGGCAUUCAGAAUGGCAUUGUACCAAAUGAUGUGACUUGGUAUAUCUUGGUCAAUAAUUUGGUUAAAGAAAGUGGCAAUCAUUUGUAUAUAGCUCAGCAAUGUUGGUGAAAGGAAGUAACAAGGAGAGUAGGAAUUUUCUUUAGCCUAUUUUUUUAGUGGCUGAGGGAAGCUUCUGCUCUUGAAAUUUUUUUUUUCUUGGUGGGUCAUUUGAGUUUGUUAAAUGAUAUGGAUGUGUUUGAACUGAUAGUCACAUUGUUUUUGUAUUCUUCAAAAAAUGUAUCUCAUUGAAUAUUUGUUUGGGCGCAAAUUUUUAUUACUUUAUGUAUCUUUCUUUUAGACCA